GACUCCAGCGAUGCCCGCGCGCAGCCGCGCCCCCUGUUUCAGUGGAGCAAGUGGAAGAAGAGGAUGGGGUCCUCCAUGUCGGCGGCCGCCGCGCGGAGGCCGGUGUUUGACGACAAGGAGGACGUGAACCUGGACCACUUCCAGAUCCUGCGUGCCAUCGGGAAGGGCAGCUUCGGCAAGGUGUGCAUCGUGCAGAAGCGGGACACAGAGAAGAUGUACGCCAUGAAGUACAUGAACAAGCAGCAGUGCAUCGAGCGCGAUGAGGUCCGAAAUGUGUUCCGGGAGCUGGAGAUCCUGCAGGAGAUUGAGCACGUCUUCCUGGUGAACCUCUGGUACUCCUUCCAGGACGAGGAGGACAUGUUCAUGGUGGUGGACCUGCUGCUGGGGGGGGACCUGCGCUACCACCUGCAGCAGAACGUGCAGUUCUCGGAGGACACGGUGAGGCUGUACGUCUGCGAAAUGGCGCUGGCCCUCGACUACCUGCGCGGGCAGCACAUCAUCCACAGAGACGUGAAGCCCGACAACAUUCUGCUGGAUGAGCGAGGACACGCGCACCUGACUGACUUCAACAUCGCCACCAUCAUAAAGGACGGUGAGAGGGCGACCGCGCUGGCCGGCUCGCCUUCCUGGAAAGCUCCGGAGAUCUUCCAGUCUUUUGUCAACGGUGGGACCGGCUACUCCUUUGAGGUGGACUGGUGGUCAGUGGGGGUGAUGGCCUACGAGCUGCUGCGAGGAUGGAGGCCCUACGACAUCCACUCGAGCAGCGCCGUGGAGUCGCUGGUGCAGCUGUUCAGCACCGUGAGUGUCCAGUACGUGCCCGCCUGGUCCAAGGAGACGGUGGCCCUGCUGCGCAAGCUGCUCACCGUGAACCCCAAGCACCGCGUGUCCAGCCUGCAGGACGUGCGGGCGGCCCCCGCUCUGGCCGGCGUGCUGUGGGCUGAGCUGAGCGAGAAGAAGGUGGAGCCCGGCUUCGUGCCCAACAAAGGCCGCCUGCACUGUGACCCCACCUUCGAGCUGGAGGAGAUGAUCCUGGAGUCACGGCCGCUGCACAAGAAGAAGAAGCGUCUGGCCAAGAGCAGGUCCCGGGAUAGCAGCAGGGACAGCUGCCCGUCGGAGAAUGACUACCUUCAGGACUGCCUUGACGCCAUCCAGCAGGACUUUGUGAUUUUUAACAGAGAGAAGCUGAAGAGGAGCCAGGACCCCAUGCCCGAGCCCGGGGACGCAGCGGAGGCCUCGGCGGACAGCGACGGUGUGCGCUCGGCCUUGCCCACCUGCGGUGCCAUCUGCCCCUCAGCUGGGAGCAGCUAGGCCGCCCCUGCCCGCUGCCUGCGGAGUCAGCUCAGGCCCCACCGGAGACCCGAGGCCUCCAGAGGGAUGGGGAGGCUGGAGGCCCAGCGUCGACUUUCCCAGGGAGCUGCCCAGCGUGUCCAGGCCCAGGCCGGCGGCACCCAGCUGGACAGCACCGGAUGGUCUGACCGCUGGGUCUGCCCUCUGGCCCUCGGGACACGUGGUGUCAAGAGGCUGCCGAUGUGGCUGAGAGUGGGCGGCACAGAGGGUGGGCGCCCCCCCGCGUGACGGUGGAGGGGGCCGCAGGCCCUGCCCAGACUUUCCUGGGGGUCGUCUGGGGUCCUGUCCCGCCCGCUGUACAUAGCCUGCCCCCGCCAGCCCGCGCUCCGCCUGGUUCUUGUCCAUUACGGGGGAGGGGCAUGGGCCUGAAGAGUGUUUUAUAGACACACACGUUCUGGUCAUUUUUGCCGUGUUCCUGUAUAGUUUCCACCUCUGAGAAAAACAACAUGAGAACCGA